AUGGAGAAGAAGAAGAUAGAGAGUCGUCUCAAGCUGGUGAAAAUCAAAGACGCCAUUAAUCUUAUUAACCAAGAAGUUAAUCUCCUUGGUAUCGUUAUCGAACGAAGAGACCACAAACGAUGUCGCAACAAUAAUUGGAUCUGUACUCUCCGGAUAAUCGAUGAUUCUUACCAUAGCCCUGGACUUACGGUUAAUGUAUUUAAUAACAAUCUUGAAGAACUUCCUUAUAUCAAGAACCACAACGACAUGAUUCUGUUUAUACGCGUUAAGAUGACAUUUUUCGAUGCUGGAAAAGCAGUAACUGCUCUUUGUAAUAAACGGGUUUCUUCCUUUGCACUGUAUGAAGGAAUAACCGAGGAGGAAUUUGUAUGUUACCAAUGUACUUCGAAUUUUCGUGACGAAGAACGAUACAAGAGUUCCAUUUAUAAUCUAGGCAAAUUGUUUGCCAGUACUAGUACCAGAGAUCUAGCUUUGCAGAGUUCAUCUUACAGAAUAAAAGCUCAGACUCUUAAAAAGUUUUCGUUUUUGAGAGAGAUCAAGAAAGGAAAACACUUUGAUUUGGUGUGCAAGAUCCUCCAUGUCAAUGACGAUACACGCACCAUUUUUGUUUGGGAUGGAACCGAUGCACCUCCAGCAUCUAUUCUUGCAAAUGGGAUUGAUAGAGAAGACAAGGCAUUUAGCAGUAUCUCGGUUAACACUCUUCUCUCGAGAGAUAUAUUGCUCGGCUUUCCCACAGUUGGAACUAUCUUGAGAGUUUCUCUAAGCAGUCAUCUAUUUCAUUGGGUUAAACCUGGUCAAUGGGUGAAACUAUACCGGUUACUCUGUGAAGUUGAUAAGGGAUCUUGGAUAGGUAAAUUUACAGACUCUACAACGGUCAGGCUCGCACAAGAUGAUCGUUUAGUAGAAAAGAUUAUGAGGAUAUAUGAUAAGAGAAUAUCAUCAAAGUUUGGACACAUUCCGUUUUGGAGUUUUCCAUCUCCUUCUAGAUUAACAGAGGCAGAUGAUGAUCAAGCCCCAUUUGUUACACUCAUGGACAUUAUAACAUUCCCCAAGGUUACAUACAAAUACAAAUGCAUUGUUCGAGUUGUAGCUGCAUAUCCUUGGCAAGUUGAGAAAUUUUCUUCAGAUGAGAACCGUAGUUACCGAGUUUUGUUGACCCUGGAGGAUCCAACAGCGACUUUAGAAGCUUUCUUAUGCGAUAAAGACGCAGAGUACUUUUGGGGUUUAGAGUUUCAGAACAUAGAGAUGUUAAGGAAGAAGUGGAAUCGGUUGCUGGGAAUAAGAAGGGAAAGCUCGAUGUCUUUGGCUUCAACUCCAAGGAACCCACCAUGGAUCGAAUGUUGUAUCCUCUCCUACUAUACCAAUAAAGCUGACCCUUGGAAUACCAGAUUAUACAGAAUCUUUGGUACUCGUCUUCUUGAUUAACCAAAGCUUGUUUGAGUUUGUCAAUGACUAAAAAAGUUAAGUAUUUAGAGAUUUUUUAUUAUGUUUAUCAAUGUGGGAU